AUGUCGGAGUAUGAGCGGUCUGUGCUGCUUUAUCGGUUUGCAGAACUCGUCUAUGCCAAUUCAAAAGACCUAGCUGACAUUUUGACAAUGGAAAAUGGUAAAACCUUAGCUGAAGCGCAAACCGAGGUGGAAUAUGCCGCCACCUUCCUGAUAUGGUUUGCAGAAGAAGUAAUCUGCUCCUAUGUUGCGGAACUUUACACCCACCCAUUGGUGAGGAAGGUUAGCUUCACUGGCUCUACGACCGUUGGAAAGUCAAUCGCAGAAAAGGCCGCCGGAACCAUGAAAAAGAUCUCUAUAGAGCUAGGCGGAAAUGCCCUAUAUAUUGUUUUCAACGACUGCGAUAUCGACAAAGCGACGGAUGGCGUAUUAGCUUGCAAAUUCCGAUGCUUAGGGCUGACUUGUGGUUGCGCUAAAAGGCUACUUGUCCAACGCGAUGUUCAUGAUACCUUUAUAACCGCUCUCCUUAGAAAGAUGAGGGGGUUUAAAGUGGGAUCAGGGAUGGAUCCUACUGGUACCUAUGGCCCUCUCGUGAACCGCGCUGCAGUUGAAAAGGUAAGGGGUCAUAUCAACGAUGCCACGUAUACGGGUGCGAAACUCAUCUUUGGUGGCACUGUCCGGGAUGAUCUCGGCGGAUACUUCAUCGAGCCAGCUCUUCUUACUGGCGCUACAUGA